GCCAUCACGAUAGAUGGAUCAGCGAUCAGGCGGUCCCUGUGUCUCGAACGCUAAUCGUUUACAGUUAAAAAACUCAAAUCGUGUUCUUCUGUAAAAAACAAACACUGUUCAUGGAGUGAACUGUCUGCAGAUCUCACCACCCGCUUACUGUAAACUCUUCAAAUACAUGUUCUGUUCACCAUUAGAUGAAGUUUUACAAUGAAGUUUCAUUUUUCAAUUCAAAACACACUUGAAAUGCGAUUUCAGAAGAUGUUUUUCCAUCGCAGAUGCAGAUAUUGGAUUUGUAUGUAGUGGUGGUUUUGGGAAUCGUCUUGCCGUGAAUGAAUUAAGAUGAUAUUCAAAUCGAAGAUUAAGUGGGCUGCACUUGUGGGACUCAUCUUGUCUUUGUUGUCGUUGUUGGUGCACCUUCUCCUUGCCAACUACUCUACUGCAGAUUUAAUACAGUAUACUGCAAUAUCGAGCCUUGGCGAGGAUUUUACCCCUAAAUUUGGGAGACAGAGUCUUAGAUACAGAAACUUAUGGGGAAUUGUGAAGCCUCUGGAGUCUUUGCAACCGUAUGCCAAUCCGAGAAGCAGAUAUCCUGCUCCAAAUGAGCAGAGCAAUGGUUUCAUUUAUGCUAAAAUUUAUGGUGGAUUUGAGAAGAUAAGAUCUUCAAUCUGUGAUCUUGUCACCAUAUCCAGGCUUCUAAAUGCUACUCUUGUCAUUCCUGAAAUUCAGGAAAGCACUCACUCUAAAGGCAUCAGUUCUAAAUUCAACAGCUUUUCUUAUCUUUACAAUGAGGAGCAGUUUGUAGCAGCACUCUCAAAUGAUGUGGUUAUUGUGAAGAGCUUACCAGACAGUUUGAAAGAGGCAAGGAAAAGAAAAGAGAUCCCUACAUUUAAGCUCAAAAGUUCAGCUUCUCCUAAUUUCUACAUCAAUGAAGUCUUGCCCAAGCUAAAGAAAGCAAGGGUUGUUGGAUUGGUGCUUGCUAAUGGAGGGUGCCUACAGUCUAUCCUACCUCCUUCCAUGUCCGAUUAUCAAAGACUUAGGUGCAGGGUGGCCUUCCAUGCACUGCAUUUUCGCCCAGAAAUUCAGGCACUAGGGCAUCGGAUGGUUCAGAGGUUACGAGCUUGGGGACAACCUUACUUAGCUUUUCAUCCCGGCUUAACAAGAGAAGCCUUAGCAUAUCAUGGCUGUGCAGAGCUUUUUCAGGAUGUGCACAGUGAGCUUAUACAGUACCGAAGAACACAGAUGAUCAAACAAGGAAUAGUUAAUGAAGAAUUGAACAUUGAUUCCCACCUGCGAAAAAUAAAUGGUUCAUGCCCUCUCAUGCCAGAAGAGGUUGGUCUUCUCCUUCGAGCAAUGGGCUAUCCGCCUAAUACCAUAAUAUACCUUGCUGGUUCUGAAACAUUUGGGGGGCAACGGGUUCUGAUCCCUCUACGUGCCAUGUAUGCUAACUUGGUUGACCGCACAUCCUUGUGCAGCAAACAAGAGUUGUCCAACUUAUUUGGCCCGGAGGGCCCUCUUCCUUCAGAUACAUUUCAGUUUCCUCCAGCCAAAAAUGAAGAGCAACUUAAAAAAGAAUGGAAGAAGGCAGGUCCUCGACCUCGUCCUCUUCCUCCACCUCCAGAUAGACCUAUUUAUCGGCAUGAGAAGGAAGGUUGGUAUGGCUGGGUUGCUGAGACAGACACUGAACCUGACCCUUCACUCAUGGAUCUGAGAAUGAAAGCACACAGGUUACUCUGGGAUGCUCUUGAUUAUAUUGUUUCAGUAGAAGCAGAUGCAUUCUUUCCAGGUUUUAACAAUGGCGGUAGCAGAUGGCCGGAUUUUUCAAGCCUUGUCAUGGGCCAUCGACUGUAUGAGAUGGCAUCUGCAAGAACAUAUCGGCCAGACAGAAAAGUUAUUGCUGAACUGUUUAAUAGUACUCAUGAUCAACUAUACCAUCCAAAGCGUAAUUGGACGCUUGCAAUGAGGGAACAUCUGAACAAAAGCUUGGGAGAGGAUGGCCUCAUAAGGGAAUUCCGCCUGUCAAAACCAACUUUGUUUCUUGCUCACCCGCUUCCAGAAUGUUCAUGUAGAACUCCAGGAUCUGCUGAGAUUCCAAUUGCGGUAAGGGGAAGUGAUGGCCAAUUAUUGUAUGGAGGUGAAGAUGAAUGCCCCAAAUGGAUGCAGCAUGGUCUAGAAAUGGCUUCCCUGAAGACCUCCAGUGCACAAGAAGGCAGAAACGAUGAAACUAAGUCAUCAGAAGAUGAAAUAGAUUUGGAUGAGCCAGAAUCCGAUGAAAGUGGCAGCAGAAUGGAUGCAUCUCCACCUCCAGAACAAGAUGAGGAAAUGGAUCCUGAUGAUUAGAAACAGAUGAGUAUACAUAAUUCUUUCUGGCUCAGCUCAUUGAAUUGGCAAUCAGUUACCAGCAACCUCAUCAUCAUCAUCGAGAUUUUUACUUGGGGGUGGCAGAUGCCACUAGGAUGAAGCUGGGGCUAUUAGUGUUAAAUUUUUGAAGGCAAGAAGGAUCAACAUUCUUUCUUCAGAAUUAGGGGGUGCUGCAAAGCUUACUGCAGAUGGACAAGAUGAUUUCUUCAGUGAUAGCUUCAUCUUCUGUUUGAGGUGCAUUAUGCAGGAGAAUUACAAAUUUUUUACCACCUUUCAUCUUCCGUUUGAGGUGCAUUCUUCAGUGAUAGCCUCUUCAACGAUCCUUGUCAUUUUUUUCCCUUUUCUUUCUCUUACAUAUACGGCAGACAGACUUGUACAAUUUUUUGAGUUUACAUGGCAAGAUCUGUAAGUGACACCAAUAUUGGCAAUUGUUCCUUAUACAUGUCAGGCUUCAUGAUAUGAUUUGUGAUGAUUUCUCAAUAUAUAUAAUUCUGUCCAAGGGAAUGCUUGCUGCCA